GGCCCCGGCGGUGCCACCCGCCCGGUGGGGCGCUCCACGCUCCCCAUGCGCGCGCUCCCCCGGCCGCUCCCUCACGGCCGUUUCACUUCCUGGGGCCGCCCCCGAGAACCGCUCGGGCCCGCCCACCCGGACGGGGGGGAGGCGGGAGGCUCGGCCCCUCCGCCCGCGGACGCAGUGCCACGCCGGCGGAGCGAGAUGGGCCGCGGGCUGAGCCUGCUCCUCGCGGCCUUGGCCCUCCUGGCGGCCCCGGCGCGGGCCGAGGGCGGCGCGGCGGCGGAUGAGGAGGUGAAGAUAGAGGUGCUACACCUCCCCGAGAGCUGCAGCCCCAAGAGCAAGAAGGGGGACCUGCUGAACGCGCACUACGACGGCUUCCUGGCCAGUAACGGCUCCAAGUUCUACUGCAGUCGGACGCAAAAUGAAGGUCAUCCAAAAUGGUUCGUUCUGGGUGUUGGACAAGUCAUAAAAGGGUUGGAUAUUGCUAUGAUGAAUAUGUGUCCUGGAGAAAAACGAAAAGUGGUCAUCCCUCCAUCGUUAGCAUAUGGACAGCAAGGAUAUGGUAGCACGUCAAGAAACUAUUCUAUUCCUACAACAUACCUGUCCUCUGUCUCAGCAUAUUCCUGCAUGUUGGGGAAGAUACCUGCCUAAUCUUGAGUUAGAAAAGAUGCAUGUGGCUUUUUAAAUCUUUACGUAUCUUUCCUUUGUCGGUAUGUAUAUUUGUAAAUACUGGCACUGAAUUCUAAUACUGUAUCUUUAUGUGGAAAGUAGUAUACAAACAAUGGCAUAUAUUCAGUUGUAUUUAAAACUUCUACACGUUCAGGCUCAUAAAUUAAAAUCUUUUGAACUUUAGAACUUGUCAUUUUUAAUAUGUAUAUUUUAGAUGAGAAGUGUAAGUAAUAGUUUUGUUUGCCUUGUUCGUAUAAGCAAAGUAUAUGUAGUUUUUCUUCAGUUUAUGAAGGAUGGUCACAAGCUCAACAUUCUGUCAAAAGUCAUGCACACUAGCUUUGGCUAUGAAUAGAAGCAGCUUGCAUGUUCACAUUUUAAUAUUACACUGCAUGAUUUCUGGAAGGUUUUUUGGCUUUACUUUCAGACCUGACCAGUUUAUUCCUGUCUCUUUCAGUUCCUUUUUAUUGGCCAGAUGCAUGAUACAAUGCCCUAUGUUUAUAGGCAAAUGCUUUGACACGGUAAUAACACAGUCUAACAUGUUUUGGUGUUUUUAUCUAGGGACCAGAGAAAAUAUUCCAGUGGUUCUUCAGGGCUUUUUUGGUUGUGUGGUUUUUGGGGGGGUUAUUGUUUUUAUUUUCACAUGUGAAUCAGAUGAAUUACAUGCUAUUGCUUCUUUCGCUAUUUUGCAUAAUUUCCUUCAAUCAUAGGUAUAGUGACUCUGUAAAACCUGAUAUUACCUGCUUGUUUCUUCAGACAGAAAAUGCAUAUAAACUUUGGUCUAGUUCUAUAAUGUUUUAAAUCACAUUUCAGAUAUUAAAUACAUACAUCAGAAUCAAUCUCUCAGUAAGUCUCAUCAUAUGACAGCAUAUGAAAUAGUGAGAACAUCAGAAAUACUUGUUUUUCAUGAUGCACAAACACUUCUCAAAGUUGGAUACAUCUCCAUUUUUGAAAAUAUGGUAAUAGCAAUAUAAUUUUCAGGCAAGUAUAUUGCUUUCAACUCUCUCUCAAAAUAAUUUCUCUAACACAAUGACCUGCUCAACCCAUGUCAUGCCAGAAUGUGAGCUGAUAAGUCUAGCUGUGUAAUAUUUAAAGCCAGCAUUUAAUCUGAAUAUUAACACGGUCUUUUGUAAGGAAAAAAUAGGAAAAUUUACGCGUGCAUUUACCAUAUGUGUGAUCACUGAACAUACCAUAUGAUUUCUUAAAUGUGUUUUUUCUUUUAUUCAUAGCACAGGGCAAGAUUCCACCAAAUGCAACACUGAUCUUUGAGAUUGAACUUUAUGCAGUAAAUAAGGGACCUCGCAGUGUUGAAGCAUUUCAUCAAAUAGACAAGGACAGUGACAAGAAACUCUCUGAACUCGA